UUUUUUUUUCCCUACUUUACAUCUUAUUCUCUCUCAUUUUCUCGUUUGCGACAGCACAAUAGCCUUAACGCAACACCGCUCUUCGACAUUAGCAACAAUAGUUCUUGGGCAUUUCAGAUAUUGCACACAUGAUUGCACUUUUUCCAUCCUCAUUACAACUGAUCCUCUUGACAAGUUCAUGUCUCCUCUUCAGUAUAAUAAUAACGCCGCUGGCAGAAGCAGCAGAUUCUGUUACACGCGAUCAACUAUAUAAUCAGAAUGGGCUUGUACAGAACUGGAUUGCACCCAUGCCCACAACCCCGAUUACUAGCAAAGGCGGGAAAGGAAGGAACAGCAGUCUAAGUGGUGAAAAAUAUAUCGUCCAAAAUUGGUCAACUACCUACAAGCACAUUGCGAUGGGAGGCAAUGAUAUCUCAUUUACCCCAGAUCCCUAUAACCCUAGUGGUGGUCCUGUUUUGCAAGUAAACUACCCUAAAGGAUCAUUUGCACCUUCCCUUGGGCCUGUCAUGGGUGGAGCACAGUUUUAUGCAAUCCCUUUUGGUAAUAAGACAUCGUUUGAGAAGAUGAUGGUCAGUUAUGAUGUUGCAUUCCCGAAUGGUUUCAAUUGGGUCCAAGGCGGCAAGCUUCCUGGAGUGUACGGGGGCGCACCCCACGAUGGUUGCUCUGGAGGCAUCCAAUCCACUGGAGAUCAUUGUCUCACAGUGCGGCUCAUGUGGCGAUCCAGCGGAGCUGGUGAAGUGUAUGCCUAUGUUCCUGCAGGUCCUGAAUCCAGUCUUUGCAAGAGUCCCGAGGUGAUAUGCAAUGAUGAGUAUGGCAAAUCCAUUGGUCGAGGACAGAUUUAUUUCCCCUCAGGUGUUUGGAACCGCAUCGAUGUAGUCAUGGCAUUGAAUGAACCAGCUGGUAACCAUAAUGGCAUGUUGCAGGUCUACAUGAAUGGAAACUUGGCUGUUGAGAUGAAUAAUAUACCCUAUCGCUCUACAGGCAUGGUCGGGUUUCAAGGGCUGAUGUUUUCAUCUUUCUUUGGAGGAUCUGAUGCGUCUUAUGCCACACCAGUUGAUACUCAGGUCUAUUUUAAGAACAUUCAACUGAGUGUGGGUGAGGUUGCAAGGCUGUACGAAGGUACAGGAGGAAGCGGCAGUCCUAGAGUAAUGAGUCUUCGGUCUGCAGGCAAGACCAUAUUGUUGACUAUGGUGGCUGUUGUCAUCCUUGCCCUUGCAUAAAUAGCAUGAAUAUACAAAAUACAUCCAUGCGAUGAACAUGUAGAAAGAAUAUCGAUAGAUAAAGAUCAACAUUUUGCAUUUUUCACCAAACGUCACCUGCAAGCCACUUCGACCACUUUUGGACUAAAGCUGUACAGAGG